UGGCCAGCUGCUUCAUCUCUGUGGCUUUGCUGUGUCGCUCGUGUUCGUCGUCCUUGCUGUCUCUCACGCUCCAUCUCUCUGCUGUCGCCGUCCGUGAGAGUUUUCAUUCUGCUUCCUCUGUCCAUCUUCCCCUCCAUUUCACGCCAGAUCGGGCUUCUUCGCAGUCCUCUGCCCAUCUAGACCCCGGGUCACCGGACUUGGUUCCGUCCUUGGUCACGGCGGUGCUCGAGGUUUGGGGUUCUUCGCUGCCGCUCGGAACUCUCUUUGCUCGCGAUCCAGGUGAUGUGACCCUGGGCAUGGAUGCCAUGAAUUGAUCGAUUAGCCUCCUCUUAGCUGUCCUUUAUUGGCAAGCCUUUGAAUGUGCCAUGGAGAUUCUCAUGUGUUCAAGUCAUAUUACCUCCUGAAGUUUCUAGGACUCAAGUUUUCGUAUAAUAGACCUUAGACCAAUUUUGGCCAUCUUGAAGACUGCAGGCAAUACUGGUCUUGGUCUUUUGUGGGAGCAUCUUAUUGUGGUUUUGUUGGGCUCUCAAGUAUUGAUGCCAGGAGAGAGUAUGCGUGGAAUUGGUGUUCCAUGUGAUGCUCCUGACCGGUUUCAGUGUCGAUGCAUUUGGCACAUUGACCAUAUCUCUUGUGAUCUUGUUCCAUAUUUUGGCUAUACCAUGCAUCUACCUAGUUGUCCGCUUGCGUUCACAGAUUCGGCAAAGGGAUUUUCUCAAGCUUGGUUUCUUUAAUGGGCCCUACACCACCCGCAUUUUUCUCGUUAUAAUUGCAAUUUGUUGGAGCUUAAGUGAAAUUGCUAGGCUAAGUUUUUUGAAAAGAAGUUUGGGCUUCAGUUUGACAUGGCAGAGGACUUUGUGCAAGCUUUACAUCCUCUUCAAUCUUGGCUUUUCAGAGCCUUCUGUCCUCCUUACAAUUUUGUUCCUUCUACGUGCCUCUUUGCAGAAGAGGGAAUCAGGCGCUUUGUCCUGGGGAUGGAACAAAAAAACCAUUGGGUAUAUUUUCAUUUUCUCCCUUCCAAUUUUUCUUAUGCAACUUACCCUGGGUUUUGCUGGGCCCAGGCUUUUUCGCAUCACAAAGGGUAGUGGAAAGAAGGACAAAUACUUCACAAAAGCUAGUGUCUUGGUCGGAGAGAAUUGCAUAUGUAUUUAUCCUCUGUUUAGCACUAUUCUUCUGGGGAUUUUUCAUGCAGUCCUCGUCAGUUAUAUCACGUGCAUUGGCAUGCGGGUGUACUCUUCAGUGAUCAACAAACAGCUUCUCCGACGGAUCUUUUGGCUGGUAUCCUCUGUUAUUUUUUCUCUUCCAGCGAGGGUACUUCUCCUAGGUUUCUCUGUCCUACCUCAAUCAGGCAACUUGACAUGCGAGCUGAUUGUAUUCUUGGCCUUUUUGAACAUGUUGUUUUGCACAGUGGUCGGCAUUAUUGUAUUGGUCUACUUGCCAGUGGCAGAUUCUAUGGCUCUGCGAAGAAAUCUAGAGGGUAGAGGGAUAAUAGACAUUCCAUAUGAUGAUUAUUACAACGACAGUGCAGCCCUUGUAGCCAACCAGAGCUGCAGUCGGGACACCAGGAGGAGCUCUGAUGUAUCUACAAAGCCUGGCUCGAUAUCUUUUAGGACGAUGAUCAUGGAUGACCUUCCUGGCUCAGAUGAGAUAAGCUUGUCGGUCCCUCUGCAUAUCGGUUCUCCUUCAGGUUCUUCAACACCGGUAAGGCACAUUCUUCCACUUAGAGAAAUCCCUAGAUACUAAGAAGAACUUCAAAUGUGCUGUCAUAUUAAUGACAUUUAUGUUUUUUUUUUGUCGCAUCUAAACGCAGUUGUACAAUAUUCAAAUUUUUGUAGGCAUGGUUGUUCCAUUCGUUAUCUUAUUUACUUGGUUGCAAUGAAGCUUACUCAAGGCUUACUUU